AUGAAGUGCAGCAGCCUAGCAACUCUCAACACUAUUGUGUUCUUCCUAAUUUCAUUACAGAGCAUUAUUACUACUACUUGUUACGGCCGUGGUACCACCGGUGCACCAAUGCUAAUUAUUGACGAUAAAAGUAACAUUUUCGACGUCACAAGCUAUGGCGCUGUUGGAGAUGGCAAAACGGAAGCAUCUCAGGGUUUCUUGAAAGCAUGGGGCGACGUUUGUGGCAAGGAGAAUGCGAUUCCGACGCUAUUAAUACCAGCUAAUCAGAAGUUCCUCUUGAACCCUAUUGUAUUCAACGGUCGCAAUUGCAAGUCGAAUGCCAUUCAUGUCCAGUUGCAAGGUACGAUUCUGGCGGCGGACAACGUGGAAGCAUGGGGUGAUAAAAGGGGAGGGAACUGGCUUCGCUUCUCGGAUGUCUUCGGUUUGAUCAUCGACGGCGGCGGCAGGAUUGACGGGCGCGGCGAGAUCUGGUGGCGGCUUUUCAGAGCGCUGUCGUUCCACAACUGCAGCAACCUGCAGCUCAGCGGAGUGCACCACGUGAACAGCCAGAAGAACCACAUCAGCUUGAACGGCUGCAACAAUGUCCAGCUCUCCCAUCUCACCAUCACCGCACCGGAGGACAGCCCCAACACCGACGGCGUCGACGUCUCUUACUCCACCAACGGUGGAAGGGGCUAUGCGAGGAAGAUAAGCUACGAAGACAUCAUACUGGUCGACACCAGGAACCCAAUCAUAAUCACCCACGAGUACAUGAACCAUCACGUACUUCGUGCAGAUCCCACGGCGCCGCCGCCGCCGCCGUCAUCAUCCGACGUGGAAAUCAGGGACGUUUGGUUCCGACGAGUGAACGGGACUUCAUCUGUUCGGAGGGCGAUCUACUUGGACUGCGGUGGCGCUGCAGGGUGUACGGGGGUUCACCUUGAGGACGUCCACAUUGUAUCCUCUCCUACCGCGAUUCCUCCGGUGGGAGCAGUGUUUGCAGAGUGCAAUAACGCCCAUGGAGAUUCGGUUUCCACCACCCCGCCCGUCGGCUGCCUGUUACCUUGA